AUGACAACGACAACAUCAAAAAGAUUAAUUACAACAACUACAACUACAAAACCAAGACAUUUAAUAAAUAUAUCACAAUUGACAAAUGAUGAAUUUUCAAAUCUUAUAAAUAAAGCAUCUCAUUUAAAAUCAAUAUAUAAACUGGAAGAUAAUAUUGAACAAACUCAAAAAAAUCAUCAAAAAUUAUUAGGUAAAUUAGUUGCAUUAUUAUUUUCAAAAAGAUCAACAAGAACAAGAAUAAGUACUGAAGGAGCAGCUUCAUUUUUUGGUGCACAACCUAUGUUUCUAGGUAAAGAUGAUAUUCAAUUAGGUGUUAAUGAAUCAAUACUUGAUACAACUAAAGUAAUAAGUUCAAUGACUUCAUGUAUAUUUGCUAGAGUUAAUCUGCAUUUGGAUAUACAACAAUUAUGUAAAUAUUCAUCAGUACCUAUUAUAAAUUCAUUAUGUGAUAAAUAUCAUCCAUUGCAAGCUAUUGCUGAUUUAUUAACAAUAAGAGAAAAAUUUGGUGAAACAAAAAAUUUAAAAUUAGCAUGGAUUGGAGAUGCAAAUAAUGUUAUUAAUGAUUUAUCUAUUGCUUGUUUAAAAAUGGGUAUAAAUGUUUCAAUAUCAAUUCCCAAAUCUAUACAAUUUGAUUCAAAUGUAGAAUCAGAUGCUAAAAAAUUAGCUACUGAACAAAAUUUAAAAUUUGAAAUUGUAAAUGAUCCAAAAUUAGCAUUAGAAAAUGCAAAUAUAAUAGUAACAGAUACAUGGAUAUCAAUGGGUGAAGAAAAUCAAAAACAAGCAAAAUUAAAACAAUUUGAAAAUUAUCAAAUUAAUCAAAAUUUACUUAGUGAUGUAAAUUUAGCUUCUAAUUGGAUUUUUAUGCAUUGUUUACCAAGACAUCAAGAAGAAGUUGCUGAUGAUGUAUUUUAUAGUGAUAAUUCUGUUGUAUUUGAAGAAGCUGAAAAUAGAUUAUAUGCUGCUAUGGCUGUUAUUGAAGCUUUUGUAAUUAAUAAAGGUGAUUUAUUGAAAUAG